CGAGUUUACAUCACUUUGAGUACCUUGUUCAAAGGAACAUUACCUUUAUCUUAGACACUGGGGGAUUGGAGAAUAUCAAAAUCAGCAGUGUAUACCAAAACUACGGAGAAUCCGCUUGAAGAAUCUGUUUUCUUCGUGAACAGCACCAUACAUAAAGGAUCCGGGUCUGUGAUACUUGAUAACAAUGUUCUAUGAAGUGACAAAUCAGAACUUCAGCGCCAAUCUAAGCGAGGAAGACCCAUUCUCUUCAACGAACCAAGAUGAUGAGCCCGAAAAGAGGUUAUCAAGAACGGGUCAUACAGUGGUGUCGGUGUUUUUAGGAUGUAUUCUGGUUUUCGGUUUCUUUAACAAUCUAAUCGUUUUAAUCCUGUUCUGCAAGUUUAAGACUCUGAGAACUCCGGUGAACAUGUUUCUGUUAAACAUUAGUGUGAGCGAUAUGCUGGUUUGCCUCUUUGGCACCACUUUGAGCUUCGCCUCCAGUGUCUACGGCCGCUGGCUAGGAGGGAAACACUGCUGCAUGUGGUAUGGAUUCAUCAACUCCUGCUUUGGCAUUGUGUCCUUGAUUUCCAUGGCGGUCUUGUCCUAUGAUCGUUACAGCACCUUAACUGUGUGCAACAAGCGUGCCCCUGACUUCCAGAGGCCUCUGAUAGCUGUGGGAGGUUCAUGGCUAUACUCCCUGGUCUGGACGGUGCCUCCUCUCCUGGGCUGGAGCAGCUAUGGACCUGAAGGGGCUGGAACAAGCUGCUCAGUGAGCUGGACCUCCAAGUCACAUGAAUCAGUAUCCUACAUCAUCUGUCUCUUCAUUUUCUGCUUAGCUGUUCCCGUCUUGGUUAUGGGCUAUUGCUAUGGACGGAUCCUGUAUACAGUUAAACAAGUUGGGAAGGUCCGUAGGACGGCAGCCCGGAGGAGAGAAUACCAUAUCCUUUUCAUGGUGAUCACAGCAGUGGUCUGCUACUUGCUGUGCUGGACACCCUAUGGAGUGGUGGCAAUGAUGGUAACAUUUGGUAAACCAGGAAUUGUAACCUCAACAGCAAGUGUUGUGCCCUCUAUCCUGGCAAAGAGCAGCACUGCCUUGAAUCCUGUAAUUUAUAUUCUCAUGAACAAGCAGUUCUACAGGUGUUUUCUAAUACUUUUCCACUGCGGAAAUGCAUCUACUGCCAAAGGACCACCUUCAGUUCAGUUAAAGACUGCAAACAUCCAACUUGGUGCACAGCAACACAGUAACCUUUGCUGUCCAGACCAAGGAUGUACCUCUCCAGAUAACUUCAAUAUCCAUCCAAACACACCACACAAGUUCCUUUCAUAAUGAUGGGGAUGACUGGAUUCAUCAUUAAAAUAAGUGUUUUUUUGUGAUUAACUCAGACGUUGAUAGGGGUAGUUAUACAACUCCAAAAGCAAUUAACUUUGGUGUUUAGUGUUCAAAAAAGUGUUACCGUUUGUUUUUUGCCUUUUUGUAAAACUUUUUUUUUUUUAAAUUAGCAAUGUAUACUAUAGAACGUAAGAACAUAAGAAAGUUUACAAAACGAGAGAAGACUAUACGGCCCUGAUGAUCCCAGAAUCUCGUCAAGCAUAAUUAUAAAUAGAGUUAGAAAAAAAAAAACUUUCAUGAAUUAAACAAUAUGGCUAAUGUUUAAUUCAUGAAAACACAAGCAUACAGAAUAAUUUGUUAGGCUCUUAUAAACAUGAACAUAAUAAAACAAAUGCAUGCCCACUACAGUUAAUACUGGUGUAAAAUGUUGGGACUUCUCUAGCUUGGAUAAAG